UUGAGAGUUCCAUCAAUAAGAUUCCGGUCAUCUUCUCCGUGGACGUAGGUGGAUUAUCACCGAACCACGUUAUAUCGUUUGCGUGCUUUAUUUCCUCGUUCGUGCGUGUGUGAGAUCGGCGGUAUCUCGACCCAACACAUUCAUCCGCACAAUCAUAUAUGUAUGGAAGAUCUUGAAAGAGUAACUGAGUGUCUGGAAAAGAUAUAUUUAAUGCAAAUUUUAGAGCCCGUGUGUGAUGAUGGGAAUGAUAAACGAGGCCUGUUACUCGAUCAUAUGCCUAUGCAUGAUGAAAUUGCUAGGCGUCUUCUACGAUUUGCUUCUCCUCUUGGUGUAGAACCAUGGUGUCGCGAUAUGAACAUGCUAUACUCCACCAAGUGGGCGAAUAAUGAGCUCGUCCAAAAAGCUCUACACAUUCGUGAGGGGACAAAGAUAGAAUGGGCGCGCUGUAAUGCUACCUUAAAAGGAAGAGACUAUACAUACGAUGUCAACUCCACCCUCGAUUAUCAUAGAAAGUUCAUUAAUAAAAAUUGCCGAGCUCUAAUACUCAGCGGUGAUCAUGACAUGGCGGCUCCUCACACCGUGACUGAAAAAUGGAUAACGUCUUUAAACCUCCAGACUCGUAGUAAAUGGAGACCUUGGUUCGUGGAAGGCCAAAUCGCGGGGUAUACCACUACGUAUUCACACAGCGAGCACGAGCUAACAUACGCAACUGUGAAGGGGGCCGGACACACACCGGCAGAAUACAAGCCCCUGCAAUGUCUUCCUAUGAUCCAGAGGUGGCUCGACCACAGCCCCCUAUAACACAGGUACCGCGUUUUGUUGUUGUGUUCGACUCUCAAAUGUGGCGAUUAACUUAUAUAAACGCCUGUUGGUUGGAUACUCCCUCUGUAUAAGUUGUGUAUUUGUAUUUUAAUUUUCUCUCUAGAAUUUGAUAAAUAAUGCUGCAUCCAUCUAUCGUUAAAUGUUUUAUAGGAGUAGUAUUGCCGUUAUAUGAUGUCUACCAUUAAACGUGUCA